UAAGUCUGGAGCAGUACACACCUAUAAAUUAUCUGCAUGUACUUGUGUCUAAAUUGUUCUCUGGGAUUUAAGCAGCAAUUUCCAGCCAUUUUCAUCAUCAGCGACCUGGCAGCUUUUUCUGCCUGAUUUGUUAUUGAUUGCUGGUGUUUAACAAAUUCCCUGGAUUUGGAUGACACACGGGAAUAACUACAUUACCAAUGUCUGGCCGUCGUGUACCGGUGUCAUGUGAGCAUUCCAUAUUAAAUUUGCAGAUAGAUCUACAGGCAUCAGUUGUAACCACCAGACAGCAUCACCCUAUCCAUGGGUGACUCCACCACAGCGGUCCCAUCGUCCAACACGAUGGGCGGUGAGUACGAUUAUCUCAUCAAGUUCCUAGCGCUGGGCGACUCCGGAGUCGGCAAGACCAGCUUCCUCUAUCAGUACACCGACGGCACAUUCAACUCCAAAUUCAUCUCAACGGUGGGAAUCGACUUCAGGGAAAAGCGGGUGAUGCACAGACCCAAGGGUGUAGCAGACAACAUGAGCAGAGGGCAACGAGUCCACCUACAAUUAUGGGACACAGCCGGCCAAGAAAGGUUUCGUAGUCUAACGACAGCGUUCUUCCGUGACGCCAUGGGUUUCCUUCUCCUCUUUGAUCUGACUAAUGAGCAGUCCUUUAUCAACAUCCGUAACUGGAUGACGCAGCUACAGAUGCACGCCUACUGCGAGAACCCGGACAUUGUCCUGUGCGGCAACAAGUCCGACCUGGAAGAGAACAGAGCCAUCUCAGACGAGAGGGCCAAAGAAAUGGCGGAAAAGUACGGGUUGCCUUACUUUGAGACAAGCGCUAAGACGGGGAACAACAUCAGUAAAGCCAUCGAGUGCCUGCUAGACAACGUCAUGCUGCGCAUGGAACGCAGCGUGGACAAGAGCCAGUUUCCCGGAGCGGUGGUCGCCCACGGCAACGGCCGCGGAUUGCCCAUGGAAGUGGACGAGGCCGGAGAAGGUAGAGGUGGCUGUGCAUGUUAGUCCCAGUCCCGGACAAAGAAAGAAAAAGUUUGGUAGGACCACUUUGUGGAUAAGAAGGUCUUUCCUUUUGCUCGGUUUUUCCCGUUUCAGUGCAUCAGGUACUUGUUGAUGCCUGAUGGUUAGUCUGGGUUUUCCACCCACUAAUUUGAAUCCCACUUGGAUUAAGAUUCAGUGGUGAAGGUGUUGGACUAAAGUUCUGAAGGAAACGCUAGUUCUCUGGCAAAACAAUUCCAGCAUUCUGAAUGUCGUUGAAGUAAAUCCCAAUUCGUCCUAAAACUCUCACAAAACCCUUGGAAUUUAUUUAACUACUGGUGUUGUGUAGUUAAAUUUAAAAGAGAAAAACCUGGGUGCCUAGGAGCGCACUUGACCAAGGUUGGAGCCGACUAUAGCACCUUCGCUUUGGCUGUAAAAGGGUAAUUUAUUUGCUAAAUGUAGAAAGAGGAAAGGGUUUUAUAAAAAUAAUAUACAUAUUUCUGAAAAGUUUGGCUUUGUCUUUUAUUAGACAUCAGGUGUGCUUUCAGUUUAUACCACCGAGAAAAAAAACUCUUAGCAGGAAGAAACUGUCACACUUUGACUUUGCAGUGAAGAACCGUUUUUAAAAUACAAGAAAACGGGCCAAAAAGGUCUCUGUCGCCGUCUGUUGUUUGGAACGUUCAGUUUUUGGGGGAAUUUGAGGUGAACUUAUCAAUUCCUGUCAAUGUCUUUAGAACCGGAACAUUGCAGCACAACUUGUUAGCUGUACAAUGUAAUGGUUGUAGUAAAAUUGUGGCAUUGAGAUUCUGUGUCUAGCAAUACAACACAUGCAGUCAUUACAACAUAGGCUUGCUACGUUAUGUUAUGUGGUUACCAAUUGAGUUUGUGGGCUUAUGUAAAGUGCAUACGUGUUUAAAAUAUAUGACUAAAGCCAAAAUAGGGUGAAAUACAUGUAAGGUACAUGUGCGUGCAUGAAGAUGGUUGGGCCAACGUUGCGGAGAGCUGCGUAAAUGCCUCAGUGGAAAAUCCCCACAAAAAAGUUGGAAGUAAACAUUUAUGUUAAAAGUAACUCAAAAGCCCAAUUACGUAUCGUAUAGACAGGUAACUGUACAUGGGAUUCAUUGAUGGGGGAUUUUUUUUGAGAUGGAAAUAUGUUUGAAACAGACUCUGGUGAGGUACUGUACGCUACAGUAACAUUCCGGACAGAAGGAUGUCAUUAUUUGUUUAUUUUCACAUUCCCUACUUUGUUGUGUUACAGUUAAUUUAUAGUGUGGGUAAGGUGGGUAGAGGUUUGUAGAGUAGAGAGGGCCAAUAUAUGCCUUAUAUUGCCUGACUAGAAGUAACAAAUGCACGAGUAUGAGACUUGGGCGAUGUAAAAAAUAAAGGAGUAUUUUUUAAGGACAAAAGGAAAUCGACGAUUGUUGAAAAUCACUGUUUUAUAAGUUUACCUUGCAAUGUGUCAGUGUGAAGCAUUUGAAUUUAAUUGCUCAUAGACUGGUUGACUAGAGAUCAACUGAAAUUUUUCUUGUUAUGUAUCAUGUGAUGUAGUGUUCCAUAUUUUGCACUCGCAAAAAAAAAAAGCAGCAAAAAACAACAUUUAAUACAGUUGCUGAAGAUUUAAGUCAAUGUUAAAGCAACUUAGUCGUGAACAUUUGCUUCGAAAAAUCGUUGGGUUUCACUUUCAUUAUUCAACUCGGAUAUUUUCUUUCAUAAAAAUAAGAAACAGUAGCAACAAAUUUGUUCUCAACUCCAAUAAUUUUGUGUCACAGAAAUCACAAAGUAUAAUUUAAACUUCUCACUUCCAUUCAUUCAUCUCAUUAUUUAUGAAGUUAAUCUUGAAUAAGGCAGUAUUUUUUUUAUAUUGAUUGAUUGUACAGGGCACAUACAUGUAGGUUCAUUUUCGCCACUUGUUUGAAACAGAGAAUACAUGCACCGUAAAUAUGACAAACCAAAGUUACAUGUAAGCUACAUUUGUAUGAAGGAAAAAAGCAGCUUUACUGGUUUUUGAACAAUCUCUCGGAGUCUUGAACAUUUUUAUUAGUAUUUAAAAAAAAAGUACUGUUUUUGUCAACAUACAUGUAUUGAUGAUCGUAUACAUGUGACUGACCAUUGUUGCAGCAUAUCUGCAGCAUUAUAUUGAAAUAUCAGUGUAGUAUUUAGGCUUCAUUUGCACGCCAUAGCUAUUGGACCGAUGUGCUCAGUGAAAAUGCACCUUACUCCAUUAUCUCCUCCUCAAUCCAGUCGAUCACGUUUAGUACACUAGGGCGGCAAACGCUAGACUUGUUCAGUCCAACAAUAGUCUGAAGUACGUUGCAACUCAUGCUUGCCAAUAGGUGGACUACUCUGCAAUCUGAAUGUGGAAUAAUUUUCAUCUCAGAACACACAAAAAGACAGGGAAAUGGGGAAAAAUGAUAAUGGUGUCAGAAUCAGAACUCUCUUGUUUACAAAAAAAAAUAUCAAAUUUUGUAUUCAAAUAUUUCAUUCAUUGAUUUAAAAAAUAAAUAAAAUUUUGUAUUUAGGAAAAAUUCUUUGUUUGCCAUGUGGGUCUUUCCAUAUAUUAUUUUUAACAUAAUGGGUAUUUAAAUGUAUAAUUUUCUAUUGGAAAAAAAUUAACUAUCUUAUGAUCUGAUAUACAUGUAUAUUUAUAACCAAUUUUGCAUUCUUUCACAAAUGUCCAAACUAUGUAAAAGUGAUUUGAAUCUUGUAUUCAUAUUAUAUAACAGUUAUAAUUUAAGAAGGCACAUGGCACAUAUAUGUCUUGAUAAGUACUAACAUGGUCAACUAGUGUGUUUUAAAAAGAUUAUAAAUGCACUUGUAUAUUUCUGGGAGGCUAAUUUCAGUGACAAUUUCAAGUUUGACAUAAUUUGGUUACCGACCCUAAAUGAUAGAAUUUAAUUGACAAUCACCAAAGUCCGAUACCACACAUCGGAUUACUUUAGAAUAUCAAAAAUGCACAACAUGCCCAGUUUAGCCGGUCAGUGCCGGCGGCCCAGCUACUACACAUAAAGUUGCUCAACUCAAGGUUCAGAAUGACUAUCUCGUUACACGAUCAACUCUCACAGCUCUACUCGCUAACAUGAAGGUGCAGUGAUAUCCUUUCAUGUUUUUGUGUGUACUCUUAAAAUAUUUCCCUACUUUGGGAGGGGUAAACUGUCUCUCUGUCGAUGUUUAUGGUGUAAAUCGAUGAGGACACACAUGUAAGCAUCAUCGAGUAAAACUGAGGACAGGAGUCAAAUCAAGGACGAUUAGAAAACGUUUACAAAAUCCACGGGAGCUGUUGCAAAACAAAUUAUAGUGUAAACAAAAGAUCGAUGAUGAGGAACAAUAGAAUUAAAUCCUUGACUUACACCAUAAACAAACUUGCUGGUUUGUAUGUAUGUGUUUGUUGGGAGGGGGGACAUUUCCCUGAAUCCUCCCCUCGCCCAUGCCCAUGCUCUCGUUUGAAGAAUUGUGCGAGCAGACUUCUCCAUUCUCGUUAAAAUUGCUUAAUUAACACUUCACAAUAUUCAAAUAGGGUCAUUUUACACUGGGAUAUAUUUUUGUUUCUAUUUAAUAACAUGUAAUAAGUAUAUGUGUUUCAAUUUCUCGUAAGAUUCCCCUUCAUCCAAAUAAAGCUAUAUAUAAUUAUAUUAUUUAUGGAAUUUCCAUAUUCACCUUGCCAGUACAGGGUUUUCUGUCAGUGUAUUCAAAUCAAAUUUGUUUAAAAACAGGAGGAAUAUUGAAACUAUUAUUGAUAUUUUGGAAAAGUGUUUUUUUGGGGAAAGAACAAUUAAGUAUAAAAGAAAUCUUAAACUAAACAAUUCACCUCAGUUUGAGCCAGUACUGAUGAGUUUCUCGUUAAUAAUUUUCUCUUUAUUGUCUUCAGAAUCCCACAAGAGGUGUGGGAUUUUGGUGGACUAUUAUGCUUAAUUUGUUGCCAGUGUGUAACAAUGAGUAUGCCUUGCUGUAAUGUUGCAUUGUUACUGUAGCCAGUAUAACUACAUUUUUGCCUGAGGUUGUCAAAGUACUUUUAUUGCACUAGAUGGAAAAAGAUUCGUUUAAAAUCUUUAAACGGUUUAUUUGAUUGAUUUUUAUAAAGCAAAGAAUCGACCUUGCAGCUUAUGUUGUAAUUUAAAGUGAGGUAUGUAAUUCAGAGAAGUUAUCAUCAGAUGUUUUAAAACUUUACCAAUUUACAGGUAAUGACAAAGUGUUAUUGCAGUUUACCAACUUGAAUUGCAGUUUCCGAAAUAUAAUGCUCUGCUCUCACAAAAUGAGAUGUAAGCCACCAAUAUGCUAUUAAAUCAUUCUAAAGAUACAUCUCCAAAUUAUCUACUUUAAGAACACUGAACGCCAGAUAUCUUAAAGAUUUCAUCAACCUAAGUAUCUAUCGACAUCAACAUUUCUGUAUUUAAUAACACAGCUUUUCCUGAAAUAUUCAGAUCAUUGAGAUCUCUUGACUAUAAAUGUCAACUCAUUAUGUGAGAGCACGUCACAUAGUCCAACACAAGCUAAAAUUAUUCCAACAAGUCUUUUUACAUAUGCAUAUGUAAAAAACUAUUCAUAUAUAAUGAAGAGGAGUUGGUAGUAUAGGAGGAACAUUUAGUACCUUGAAUGGGUGUGGGGUUCAGAAUAGUGAGGAGGGUAGCGGUAAAGUGUUGAAUGGCAAGGCAGUAUCAGAGCACAGGACCAAAACACAUGACCAAGGCCUAUAUUAAGACUGAGGCCUAACAGUUCGACAUAUUUUUGUUGAAAUUUUAAUGGAGCUUCUAAGCAAAAACCAACAAUUUUAGUUGAAAUUGUAAAUGCUCAGUAAAAUAUUAGCAGACAUCCAGUCACAAGCAAUAUGAAUCACGUGAAUUAUUAGCUGGUAACCUUAUUUUGCUGAUUAAUACUUUUUCCCAACUUAGAAAAUCUGUUAGCUUAUCCCAGCUCGGUCCUUGGAUAAUGUCUGGCUUGUUCAUGUGUAAUGAUAAAUUUGUUAAUGAAAGUACAGUGUUCAAGUAAUACACGUCGGUUAUUUAAGAUAAAAGAACGCCUGUGUUAUGCAACUGUUAGCUUUGUGCCGAUAUGUAGUGCAGUAUGAAAUACACAACAAAGCAGGAUUUAUUUUUCAAACUUAUUUAAGAGUUAUUUUUGUGAAUAUAUUGGCUACUGUAAAAAAAAAAAUGGCAAAAGAAAAAAGCCAAAAAUGAAUUGUAUUAAUUUUCAGCCUUGUAAUAUGCAUGCAUGUGUAAUUAACCAUAUGUAAAUAUUGUAAUUCUAAAUUAUAAAAUAGUACUGAGGAAACAAAACAGUAACGAAACUCGUCAACGACAAAAUCUCACCCUUCAACGUUGAAAUUGUAAUAAAGGCACUUCCGUAGGACUGAAA